GGUGAAAAGGUUAAUCCCUCCCUCAACCAAUCAGAAUGGAAGCCCCCCGCCGCCGAUCAGUUAAACCUGCCUUUCAGCCGCAACCCCUCGCUGACGGUUCCCUCAAGGCCUCCGAUGCCCUGCCCCUUCCCCUCUAUAUCACCAACGCCGUCUUCUUCACUCUCUUCUUCUCCGUCGUUUAUUAUCUGCUCCUCCGAUGGCGCGAGAAGAUCCGUAACUCCACUCCCCUCCACGUCGUCACCCUCUCCGAGAUCGCCGCCAUAGUCACCUUCGUCGCCUCCUUUAUCUAUCUUCUCGGUUUCUUCGGUAUCGGCUUUGUCCAGUCCCUCAUUAUUCCCCGUGCUUCCCACGAAGACAUCUUGGAUGAAGACGAAAUAAAUGAUUAUGAUAGUUUGAUGCUCAAGGAAGAUACACGUGCCAUCCCCUGCGCUGCGGCCCCCAAAUCGGAUGAUUGUAGGAUUGCUUCUCCCAGACCCACUAACAAGAUUAUUGAGGAUCAAAUACCGCCUCCUGUUAUUCCCCUCUCCUCCAAGGAGGACGAGGAGAUCGUCAAGUCGGUGGUAGAGGGGAAGACCCCUUCAUACUCCCUCGAGUCCAAGCUGGGCGACUGCCACCGGGCUGCUUCCAUCCGCCGUGAGGCCUUGCAGCGUACUACAGGAAAGUCCCUCUCGGGUCUCCCCCUGGAUGGCUUCGACUACGAUGCCAUUUUGGGCCAGUGCUGCGAAAUGCCUGUCGGUUACGUGCAGAUUCCAGUCGGCAUCGCGGGGCCUCUCUUGUUGGACGGAAAAGAAUUCUCGGUUCCCAUGGCCACCACGGAGGGAUGCCUGGUAGCCAGCACUAACAGGGGAUGCAAGGCCAUCUAUGCAUCCGGAGGGGCCACUAGCUCCCUCCUCAGAGAUGGAAUGACGAGGGCUCCCGUAGUCAGGUUUGGCACUGCCAAGCGGGCUGCAGAGUUGAAGUUCUACCUGGAAGAUCCUCUCAAUUUCGAGACCUUGUCGCUUGUAUUCAACAGUUCUAGCCGAUUUGGCAGACUUCAGAGUAUCAAGUGUGCCAUCGCUGGCAAAAAUCUCUACAUCAGGUUCUCCUGUAGCACAGGGGACGCCAUGGGAAUGAACAUGGUCUCAAAAGGUGUGCAGAAUGUCAUGGACUUCCUCAACAAUGAGUUCCCAGACAUGGAUGUUAUUGGCAUAUCUGGAAACUACUGUUCCGACAAGAAACCUGCUGCAGUGAAUUGGAUUGAAGGCCGGGGCAAGUCAGUCGUGUGUGAGGCUAUCAUCAAGGAAGAGGUGGUAAAUAAGGUACUCAAGACUGAUGUUGCUUCCUUGGUGGAGCUCAACAUGUUGAAGAACCUUACUGGCUCUGCGAUGGCAGGAGCGCUGGGUGGCUUCAAUGCUCAUGCUAGCAAUAUCGUCUCUGCUAUCUAUAUAGCCACUGGUCAAGACCCUGCGCAAAACAUUGAGAGUUCUCACUGCAUCACCAUGAUGGAAGCGGUCAAUGAUGGAAAGGACCUUCACGUCUCUGUCACGAUGCCUUCCAUUGAGGUUGGUACAGUUGGAGGUGGAACUCAGCUGGCCUCUCAGUCAGCAUGCCUGAACCUGCUUGGAGUAAAGGGUGCCAGUAAGGAGGCUCCAGGAUCAAACGCUAGGCAGUUAGCCACCAUUGUUGCUGGUGCAGUUCUCGCUGGGGAGCUCUCUCUCAUGUCAGCAAUUGCAGCUGGGCAACUUGUCAAGAGUCAUAUGAAGUACAACAGGUCUAAUAAAGAUGUGACCAAUGUUUCAUCUUAAGGACCUUUAUCCCUUAAAUUGAUGAAUGAAGGGUGGCUACUGGAUUUGUAGUUGUUAAGACAAUAACGGUGGUAACCCAACCCGUCCACUGGGAGAUAAUUGUUUGUUUUCUGCACUUCCAUACUUACAAAGUGAAAAUGAUGAAAUCGUGUAAAUGAGGGGAAACACUGAAGAAUGUUUCAUUUACUUUUUUGCUCUAUUGGUUAUUCUUUUGUAGACUUUGUACGAGUUUCCUAUUUUAUCAAGAAACAUAAAAGCUUGUAUUUGAAUAAACUUCUCACUUGUAUGAGAACUGAAUUUCCCAAA